CCUCGCUGGCCAGCAAGUUCCUGAUGUUCUCUGGAAGACAUCUAAUAAACGUAGUUAACAGGAACUGGUCACUAUAGUUGAUGCCAGGGACGAGGAUCAGGCUCUCCACGGAUGGUUAUGCCGUUGUUGCAGCUGAUGGACCAGGGGUUUACCCCGUAAUUGGAGAAGUGAGGGCAGGGGCUGAUCCCUCUAAUGUGAAGGUGAUCCCCGGGCAUGUGGUGUACAUAACAACUGGAGGUCCUGUCCCAGAGGGCGCUGAUGCGGUUGUGCAGGUGGAGAACACACUUCCAGUGUCGAGUGUAGGCAAUGGAGAGCAUUGUGUCCAGAUUGUGGUCGGUGCACAGAAAGGGCAAGACAUUAGACCUGUGGGUUGUGAUAUCAUGGAAGGAGAAGUGAUCUUGAAAGCUGGAGAGAGGAUCGGUUAUGGUGAAGUGGGGCUUCUUGCAAGUGUUGACAGGACUCGUGUCAAGGUGUAUGAACAACCCGUCGUGGCUGUUCUGUCGACUGGAGAUGAAAUUGUGGAUGCUGCGGGCGGCGCUGCAAAGUUAGGACCAGGCUAUGUAAUGUUUCACGGUUUCAACCCAUCCCUUUCUCCUCCUUUUCAUGCACUUGCCUGUGCGUCACCUCAUGCUCUCUGGCUUGCACUGAUGUUCUCCUUAUUCAUCAGCAAUUCAGCUGUGCUGUUGGUACAUUCCCGUUGAUCACUAUGGACAUUUCUCGUUCAGUUGUAUAGGAACGCACUGAAGAAACU